GAAUUGCAGCUCGCGCUUGUUUGUCUGUGUGGCCGCUUGUUUUUGGCAACGCCCUACAGACCAUUGCCCGUUGCUUGUCUGCCGCCGUUUUCUGAAAUUCUCUCAUCUUCGUGUUGGAGUUGCGAUCUUGGGCAGCUGAAGCAAAUGAAAACUCAUGAACUAUGGAGUAAGAUCUGACGUUUGCAUUGUGGAAUGAAGUGCUGCCCUCCACUGCUGCUCAUUGUUUUAAAAUUAUUUGAGGCUUAGGCUUUGAGGCUGGCCUCUAAGUGAGGCACAAGAUUAUUGCCUUGAAGCUAUAGCCUUGGCGCCCUGUGCUGAAGCUUAUGUGCUGUGAGAUCCACAGGAUGACCAAAAAGGGUAAAGCGAGAACUCCUAAGAAAUUGCAAAAGAAUGCUUCUACAAAAGAGGAGAAGAUCUCAUUCAAGAAACCUGGUAGUGAUAACACUUCUGUAGAAAAGUAUAACAGCUCAUUGAAGAAACGUACUAGUGAGAUCGAUGAAAUCUUUGCGGGAAAAAAGCGGAAGGAACCCGUAACAGACACUGCAGAAGCUAAUGAGGAUUUAAAUUCAAAACCCAAGAAGAUGAAGAAAAAGAACGAUAAAAGGUUUAAAGAUGAGGAUCCUGCAGACUCUUCUUCUCGGCCAAGAAAGAAAAUGCAAGAUGGCCUUAAUAUUUACACAGAAGAGGAAUUGGGUAUUAAUAAGGGGGAUGCUGGUGGCACCCCACUGUGCCCAUUUGAUUGUUCAUGUUGCUUCUGAGGACACUCGCAAAUCUCCUAGAAACUUUUUGUUACCAUUUGCAGUUUGAUGUUUUACAUGAAGAAAUAACAAUUUAUCUGUUUAUUGUUC